AUGCUGCGUAAACUGGCACCAACGUCUAUAGCAGCAGCAGAAAUUGAUGGUUUAACCAUUCAUUCAUUUUUAGGCGAAAGCCGCAAAAGUUCCAAAAAGAAGCAAACAAGAACAUUCAGACCCGGCGACACAAAAUUGGAAAAUGAAUGGCGUCAUGUCAAAUACUUAAUAAUCGAUGAGAUGAGCAUGGUUGAACUUAGUCUAUUAGCUCGUCUCAAUCGUAUAGUGGAAACAGCAAAGCAUAUAAAUUCAGAGAUUCCUUUUGGUGGUGUAAAUGUUAUUUUUUUUGGGGACUAUCUCCAAUAUUCUCCAGUGUUGGAUAGACCUCUCUAUCACAGCUGUGCGUCGUCUGAACAAAUUACGGAACGUCAAAUAGAUAUGCAAUGUGCACAGAAACUUAUAUCUCAAAUGAAUUGCGUAGUUGAAUUGAGUCAGCAAAUGCGAACCGAAGACCUCCGAUAUUUGGAGCUUUUAAAUAGAUUGAGAGGUGGUCAAUCAACAAUUGAAGAUUAUCAACUUCUUUGCACACGUAUCGUUGGAAAUCCAAAGCUACAAGCAUCUUUGCGACAGAAGCCAUGGAAUGAAGUAGGUUUGCCCANUUAA